AUGUCAGUUAAAAAAGUUACCCAUGGCCAUGUAUUCAUUGAUAUGAAGACAAGAAUUACCAGUUAUGGCCCACAUAAUGGUAUCAUUGUUCAUUGUGGCAUUCAACAAGAGCCUAGUACGUUUUGGCCAUAUGUUCUCAGUAAUGCAUCAAAUUCUUUAUGCACUCAACAAUUGAAUAUAGCGCCAACAUCUGCUACAAUUCAUUGGCCAACUGUUAAGGAAAGCGAUGAUAAUCAACAAGACAAAGCUACCUCAUCUCUAUCAAAUCAGCAUUAUCAGUUAACUGAUAAGGAUAGAAUUUCAGCCAAUAAUUUCAAUGACCCUAAAAAAGUGCGUUUAAAUGUUUUCGAAACGAAUCCAAUGAAAAUUAAACUUAAAUCGCUCAAUAUGACAUCAAACAAUUGCAAAUCAAAUUUGAAUAAUGCAAGUGCUAAAAUUUCUAAUGGCAAUAUUUCAAGUACGAUGGAUGCGCCUUUAACAAAUGCGCAAAAUGUUAAUUGUCAUCAUAAUGAAGAAAGAGCUAUGAAGAAAAAUGAUUUAAAUGAAAAUAUAAGGCCAGAAUCUAUGAUAUAUUCUGAAAGAAAUGGUCAAAAUACUUCAUCAAUUAUUAUUCCAAUGGAACAUUCCACUAAAAGAAAAUUUAUCAAUUGCAAACAUUACAAUGAAUUCAAUGAUGAAAUUAUGAAGUACGAUUAUAAUCAAAUUAAAAAAGAGUUUGUGACAGAUUCGUCUUUGAUCAAAAUUCCUGUGACAAUAAAUCCUUCAAAAAUUGCUAAUGAAUUUACGAAUGAUUUUAAAUUAGAUUGGCAGCAAAACAAUGAUCGUAGAUUUUCGAAAAAUUUACCUUACUCAUUUGCAUCUUUUUUGAAUCAAAAACGACAGUCGUACAGAAAUAUACCGGAUUUAUUUCAAAAGCAACCGAAUCACAAAAAUGUACCGGAGCAACUUUAUCAUUUAUAUGAAACACAAGAUGCCUUUGGAAAUCCAUUGAAACAAUUGUGA